GAUAAAAUGAGCGAAAACCUUGCUGGAGUGGACGCGAUGACGACGACGGAGACGCAGAUCAGCAGUGACGACAUCGGGAAAACGCUUGACGGGGACCAAACGUUUGGAAAUAAUGAAAAAAACGAAAUCGGGGAAGGAGUCCAAUUGGAAACGCAAGAAAAACAAACAACAACCAGUUUCGAGGAUAAAUCCGCUGUUGGAAUAGAAGCUCUUGAGAGAAAUGAAUGUUCGAAUUCGAGUGCAGCAGAAACCGGCGAAGCAUGGAAGUCCGAUAUCACGAAUGAUACGAAUAUCGUUAAAGACGCUGUUGUUCCGGAAGAUCCUGAAAUGAAGGAAACGAACGGUGAUUUAGAAAUGAAGUCCGAAUCAGAACACGAAGGCGAAGUAGAAGUGCUGGAAGAACCUGAGGAGUGUGAUAGCAGCAACGAAAUGAUCAUCGGAGGUGAUGUCGGUGUGUUAGAUUCCGAAUCUGAGUCGAGGCAUCAUCACAAAAAGAACCGACGACGAAUUGUCGUGGAUGAAAGUGACGAUAGCGGUGCCGAGGUCGAAAGAUUGCGUUCUUGCUCGCCAGAAAAUCCAAAACCAAUUGCCAGUUCAGCAAACAAUAGUGACGAAGAGGAAGACGAGGAAGCUCCCAGUGAAAAGGAAGAAAAAGACGACGAAGAUUCACCAGUGGAGGAAAUUAUUGAUCCUGCAGCGACGGAGAUCAUUGCGAAAGAACGUCCCGGACCAAAAUCCAAAAAAUCUAGCGAUUAUUUGAAGUUAGAACAGAACUAUGAAACGAGGCAUUUGUUCAAAAAUGCCAUAAUUAUUCCGGCAGUCGAAAAAAAGAAGAAAAAGAAACCAAAACGAGUGUUAGCCAGCGAAGACGAAGAGUCAGAUGAGAAAAGUCGAGAGCCAGAUGUCUUUGGGAUUGGAAUUGAAGAACCUAUGGAUGAUGAUGCUUCACGUCUCAGUGGUGCGAAUAUUCUUUUAAGCGAAAAUUACUCUGUCGAUCCAAAUUUCAUACCCCUCGAGGGUGUUCAAGUAGAUGCCAUACCGGAAAUUAUCCCACUUGAUAAUCCAAUUUUGCCACAGAACGACGAAGAAGACGGCGUCGAAUCUACAAGGGUGAAAAGGGAAGUCGAAGAUGUUAAACCAAAUUUAGCUGAUUUGCAGCAACAAGAGAAUUUCUUGAAUCCCGAUAAAAGUCCAGAGUACGGGACGCUAGCUCCGAUUGCGCCGAGUGCUCCCUCGAAUGUCACGGAAUUUUCUAUGGACGACACAUCGGGCGCUCCUACCAUUCUUGCUGAUCUUUCCGACAAUAACAAAGCACCUCAGCUGUUAGUAAUCAAAAAAGAACCCGAUAUGGAUCAAAAGGCUUCCGAACAAUUUCUCGCCGAUGCUCUCAGGGCGCAGUUCACGGACCAAGCGCCAACAAGUAUUAAGCAACUCGAAGCCUCCACGGCACCAACAACGACAGAAAUUGAUCCAAAUACGACAUUUUGGGGUCGCGACAGUUCCUCAUCGAGUUCCGAGGAAGAAGAUUGGACGGCAAACAUGUGGACGAAUGUCGGAAAGAAACAAAAAUCCUACCACUAUUCAACGUAUCCGCACAAAAGUAAGAAACGAAAACGCGAUCGUUACGCGUCGUCAUCCGAGUCGGAGAGUGAUAGCGAUAAUCGAAAUCGAAGAAAGAAAUCACAUCACAUCAAAAAGACCAUUUAUCUGCAUAAGCAAAAUCAAACGUUGCGAACGGCAAUCAAGGGUUACAGCAAAAAGGACAUCAAGAAGAAGGUGAACGAUAGAUUUUUCGAUCGUUCGCUGCUGAUCCCGAAUGACAUCUACUUUGGAGACACCAAAGUGCCAGAUCAUGUCUUGCAUGCGUACAACAGCGAUGCUCUCACGUCUUCCGAUAGCGACGAUGCCUGGUUCAAGCAGGUCAUGCCACAAAAAUCCAAAUCGAAAUAUUCCUCGUACAAAAGUUACAGCAAACCCAAGACAUCAUAUUCGUCACAUUCAGCAGGCAAUGUAAGUCCAAGUGGCGACUCCCAAAUCCAACUUAUGAAGAAUUAUCUGAAAGCAGCGGGAAUCAAAAAAGUAAAAUUUAGCAAACUAUGGGAAGGCUGCAAAUCAAACAACGAAAGAGCAAACGCCAUGCUGAGACUUUUACGUGAUAAGGGACUUGUGGGAGAUCCAACCAUGGCCAAAUGUCGCGAACUUAAAAUGAAAAUGCAAGCAAAACGAGAGAUCGAUGAACUCGAUACAAGCGUUAUUAUCGAUUCAGAUAGCGAAGAUGGAAAUCGUCGAAUACACACUCGUAGAACGGCGCGAAAAAAUUACACGGAAGAAGAAGAAGCUCAGUCAUCUAUUCCACCGGAAUCUGUUCAAACACUGAACAAAUUGAAAAAAGUCAUUGACACCGAUAGCGAUUAAUCUUGAGACCAUAGUCAGUCAGCAAUAUUAUAUUUUUUCCUUAUUAAUGAACAAAAAUCAGCAUAACUAUCAUUUUGUUUUUUUAAAUUUUGACCCUUAUAUUAAAGAAUAUAAAAAAAUAGUGAUAAGUUAAAAUUAAAAUAAGCUUUUCGAAAGUUUUGUAGGCUAAGUGCACUAAAUUGUAAAUAUAUCAAAAUUGUCAUAUAAAAUGA